AACGCUGAUUGGCUAAAAUGUGGAAAAGUAACGCCCUUUUUCUCUUAAGUUUCCGCUCAACCUUACAAAAGUCAGAGCGGCUCGAACCACAGCUGCACAGUAGGGGUGAGAGAUGGAUGAGCAGCUCUUCAAAUUGAAGUUUUUAUUAAUUUGUUAAAGGAAAAGGCUAAUUAUAUAUCUACAUUUAACAUAAUAUAAUCACUGUUAUUGUAAAUGCCAUUUGUUUUGUAACUGUGAGAUUUUCUCAGAGCCUUGUGGACUAUUCCACCAGUAGGUUUCCCCUCAAAGCGGUUCCGGCGUUCUGUAACUCAGAAAAAUGAUGUAACUUACCGGCCGGCUUUCCGUCUUCUUUCAGUUUUACAGAGAGAAGAAGCCGCGUGAAGGGGAACAUUAGAAAGUUUUAGCUGAAUUAAAUAACUCAGUUUUGUCAAAAAUAGUGAAAAGACGAAAGGCUUUUUUAGUGCAGCUCCCGACAGUUCAGAAUGAAUUCAGCUCGUCGUUAUUCCGCUUUGUUCAGCCAAAUAUGCGUUUCAUCAGUGGGGGGACAACCAGCCCGGACACCGCUUCCCCCGGCUGGGUCAGACACUACUGGAACCCGCUGUUGUCACAUUGGCCCCAGAGGAAGGGGAGUCAGAAGAACCGGUGGCCCGCUGAAGCCGGGUGCCGCAGCCAGCACCAUAACAGCACCAGUUUGUCCAAUGGGCAGCAGCAGUAGCAGGUUGUUUGGGACGAUGGCCCAGGCGUUGAACAGUUCCUCUCUGGUCCAGCCCGACCCGGACCUGGAUCAGGACCAGGACCUGGUGGAGGUGGAGCCAGAGCAGCUGCUCAGAGAGUGUGAGGAGGCGCUGCGGCGGCGCCCGGCCCGGCCUCACCGGGACCUGGUCCUGCCCAGGCUGCUGGCGCCCUGCAGCCACCAGCACAACCCGUCCAUACGGGUCCUGCAGUGGAACAUCCUGGCCCAAGCUCUCGGUGAGGGGAAGGACAGCUUCAUCCGCUGCCCCCUAGAGGCUCUCAGCUGGCAUGAGAGGAAGUACCAGAUCCUGGAGGAGAUCCUCACCUACCGACCAGACAUCGUGUGUCUCCAGGAAGUUGACCACUACUAUGACACUUUCCAGCCCAUUAUGGCCCGUCUCGGUUACCAUGGCAACUUCCUACCCAAACCCUGGUCUCCCUGUCUGGAUGUGGAGCACAACAACGGCCCUGACGGCUGUGCGCUGUUCUACCGCCGCUCACGCUUCCACCUGCACUCCACAGUCCACCUGCGACUGUCGGCCAUGAUGCUGCCCACCAACCAGGUGGCCAUCGCCCAGACACUGCGCUGCCUGGCCACGGGCCGCCAGCUGUGUGUGGCCGUCACACACUUGAAGGCCCGCAGCGGCUGGGAGAGGCUGCGGAGCGCGCAAGGCGCCGACCUGCUGCAGAACCUGCAGGGCAUCACGGCCCCUGGCUCGGAGGCUGGACCGGGGCCCGUCCCUCUGGUGGUGUGUGGGGACUUCAACGCCGAGCCCUCAGAGGACGUCUACAGGCGCUUUAGCUCCUCCCCUCUGGGCCUGAGCUCGGCCUACAAGCUACUGAGCGGUGAUGGGCAGACGGAGCCGGCGUACACCAGCUGGAAGAUCCGCCCAUCUGGAGAGAGCUGCAGCACUCUGGACUACAUCUGGUACAGCGAACGCGCCCUGAGGGUGGAGGCGCUGCUGGACAUCCCCACAGAGCAGCAGAUCGGACCCGACCGCCUGCCCUCAUACCACUACCCCUCAGACCACCUGGCCCUGCUCUGUGACAUCAGCUUCAAGGAGGGGCCUCACAGGCUGCUGUAGGCUGUAGGCAGCCAAUCACAGCUCCAGCUGAAACUAGGACGGCCACAUCAGAGGAACCUGACCUUUGACCUGAUGUUGAGCUUGUCUUAAACCUUCCUGUUUGUUUGAAGCUGACUGCUGUAGAAUCUCUUCUGGUGGAACUCUGAUGGUGAGACUGAACAGCCAGGAAGGGGCCGUAGUGGAGGGGGGAGGGGCUCCUGGGUGUUCUGGCUCUAUGAGGACCUGAGGGUUUCAUUUUCUGACAUUUGAUCACUGCAGUUAUUUAUAAAUAGCCUGACUGUCUUAAAUUAUUCCUUAUACUCUGUGAGGUUCUACUGUACUGGGUAGUGAUGUGAGUGGAAACUGGGGGGUCGUGUUGUUGUCAUGACGACAACAGGACUUCAUGAUUACUAUUGGUAAUAAAGUGAUUGUUUUUACUCUGAA